AUGAAUAACAUUAAAGCUGCUGUUUCUUUAUCUUUGAAAAACAAAAUUAUGUCUGAUAAUAUUGAAGUAAAGGCUGAACAAAUAAAUUUUAUACAUUAUCGUGAUGGUGAUAUUGAACCAUUAAAUCAAAAAUCUCCAAAUGAAAAUACAAUUGGUACUUGUAGUUUUUAUGAGACUGACACAAAUCAACAAUUUGAUUUCAAUUUGAAGUUUAAUUAA